AUGUCAGACAGUCAUUCAGUAAUGUUUGAUAUUCUUAAAAGAAAUAGAUUAACAUCUCUCAGCAGCCAUUCAAGCUACUCCAGUUUUAAAGACACAUGUUGCACAUCAGUAUUUCUGGACAGCAAAUGCAACAAGUCAGUCAAAGAUCCUGAUGAAGAGCUGAGUGUAACAAGUUUAUCACCCCUGCAAGAGCAUUCCAAGCACAUUCACCCAAGUGCUGUCUUUUCUGUGUCGUCUUCAAUUGAAAAUGAAUUGAAUUCUAUCUCCUUAUCAGAGAGAAGAGAAGCAAAGAGAAGUGAACAUUUUUGUGAAACUCCUAAAGUGAGUAGAAAAAGCUCUACACUGCGCAGAAGGCUGCUGUUAUCUAAGACUGUUCCAGCUGGCAAAACUGCAGGAUGCUGUGAAGAGCAGGCUAGUUCCUCAGGAAGCAGCAGGAAAAAGUUAUUCUCUUCUGUUUUGAGCCCUGAAGAACAGCUAUCACAAACUGGUUCAGAUCCUCCAAAAGAUGACAGCUACAAACCCCUGGCAGCUAUCACUUCAAAACCUCAGGACUUACAUCCUGAUGGCCCAAAGCAGAGGCUCUCCUUCUUACAACAAAGAACUUCUACGCUAGAUGAGUCCAUAUGUACGGAGCCCUUGUUGUUAGAACCAGAAUGUUUAUCUCCCAUUCAGUGCAAGGAUGCUGCUGUUAGUACUGCCAAUGAAUUCAACAAAAGCGUUCUUACGGGUGUAAGUUAUGGGUUGUUUGGGACUCCUGCUUACUCUGUCUUACCUGAGGCUCAUGAGGGAAAGUUCCUGACUCGUAUCAAUGAUCUUGUAGAGAACUUCAACUUUGAACUAUGUGAUAUAAAUUCUUCCCCUGUUAAGAGGGCAAGUUACCCAGAUCUGUCAACACCUGAGGACAGUGGAUAUAAUUCACUUCAUUUGGACAAAUCAGGAGAUUUAUCUGAUCACGAGGGAUCUUUCCAAGAAUGCCUCCAAAAACAUAAAGGAGGUUCCAAAACUGUGGAUAGUAAAAGAAAGACAAGAAAACUUGAAAGAGUUAGAAGGCUAUCCACUCUUCGGGAACAGGGCUCACAGUCAGAGACAGAAGAUAAUCAGGGCUGUCCUCUUAGUUCAGCAAGUAUGGUAACAGAAGAAAGAAACUUUGUUGCUGAGGACCAUGUAUUAGUUUCAGAACAUCCCAGUGAAGACCUACUUGUAAGUUAUGGAGAUCUCUCAAGAACUCCAGCUCUGAAAUUGGUUCAGGAAAUUUGCUUGCAAAGAAAAAGAUCAGACCAAAACGAAAUAUCGGAGAAUAUUGACACAACAGAAAUAUUUGCAUUAGAAUGUGUUCUUGCUGGACUUAUUGGCAAGAAAAUGGGCCUGGAAAAAUUAGAUAUUCUAACAGAAUUAAAAUACAGAAAUUUAAAACAUAUUCUUGCUAUAGUUUUAGAUGCUUUGACAGUAGAAAGCCUAUGCAGCAUUUGGGAAGUAAGCAAAAACUGGCGUGAAAUCAUUGUGCAAGAUAGAAGUGCAGAUGAGAGGAGAAAAUUGUACAUAAAACACCUGAGAGAAGCAGCUGGGGAAUCUUUCAAGAAAGCUGAAGAUGCUGCCACAAGGCUUUGUGUCCUUAACAGAUCUGCUCUAAGGCCUGUUCAAGCUCAAGCCAGAACUCCUGUGGCACAAAUGCUACCUUCACGCAUUGAACUCACACCCAGGAGAUGCAGUUCUGCUCCCCAUUCAACUAGCAGACGGGAAGCAUACUUAAAAGUUGCUAAAACUCUAUUCACUGAUGAAGCUUUAAAGCCCUGUCCAAGAUGUCAAUAUCCUGCUAAAUAUCAAUUGGUAAAGAAACAGGGACUGUGCAGCAGAGAUGUGUGUGCAUUUGAAUUUUGUAUCUUAUGUCUGCAGGCUUUCCAUGGGUCAAAAGAAUGUAGCAGUUUAUCUGCAAAACAGAGGUACAAAAAAGAUGCUCCUCCAGGAAGUGCCCAAAGCAAAAGAAAUUUAAAAAGACUCUAA